AUGGCCUCCACGUCGUCCUCACCCCUCUCCUCGUCAAACGGCUACGUUUGCGACACCAUACCCGCCCCCAAGCUGGCCAAAGCACCUGCAUCCCGUUCCCCCAGCCCCAGCCCGCCCUCAACACCCCCCAUUGCCGCCUUCGAAGCACCGAUACUCGCAUCCGAAUCGCUGGACUCGAAUCGCAAGGUCGAACAGAUCCACCAUGUCCCGGCAUACUCUUCGCAGCUCACUGCGCCUCCUGGACGGAAGUUGUGCGUGCGCCAUCAGAGGAUGGCCGACGAGGGGACGAAUCUGAAGCUUCAGCAGGCCCUCGAUGCACUCCCCGUAGAGGAGCGCAGUGCGGUGAACGCUAUAUGGUCCAAUUUCUCUUCAUCUCCACACCCUCGACGUGCUUUGAUCCUCCAUGGGCUCCUGACCAUGUGCUGCUUCUCGCAACUGUCACUCUUAAGCGAGCAGUUGGCACAUCUCAUCCGUAUCGAUCCUUUCACCGUUCUCCCGAGCGAAGUUUCGCUCAAGAUCCUCGGCUAUCUCGACGCACAGUCCCUGUGCCGCGCCGCUCAGGUGAGCAGACGGUGGAAGGCACUCGCCGACGAUGACAUCCUCUGGCGGGGUAUCUGCGAACAGCACAUCGGGCAAAAGUGUCUUAAAUGCGGUUGGGGUCUGCCUAUUCUGGAGAAGCGUCGGUUUCACCACAUUCCCUCCCCCAUGGCCAGUCCCUCUCCACUUCCCAUGGCUGAGCCGAAGCGCAAACGUGAAGUCGAUGUAUCGCAGCCGGAGCAUCCAUCACUCAAACGUCAAAGGUCGGAAGGCCUAGAAGGCAUAUCAAAUGUCUCAACCCCAAUAUUUGCUCCGUCAUCCUUACAUCGCGACAUCGAUGCGGCACUGUCGCCGGCUCACAACCCCCUCUUAGCACCCAAUGAGCCACCGCCUUGCAGUACCGUCACGCGACCGUGGAAGGAUGUCUAUUGCGAACGACUUACGAUAGAGCGUAACUGGCGUCGCGGUCGAUGUACAGUUCGUACGCUAUCAGGGCAUACCGAUGGCGUGAUGUGCCUCCAAUUCAGCGAAACCCUCUCUCAUCCCGCGUUUCCUAUCGUUAUCACUGGCUCGUACGACCGCACUGCUCGUGUCUGGAAUUUGGAGACUGGACGCGAGAUCCACUGUCUCACAGGGCACACUCGCGCAGUCCGUGCGCUUCAAUUCGACGAAGCCAAGCUCAUCACUGGCAGUAUGGACAACACGAUGCGAGUAUGGGACUGGCGCACCGGCAAGUGCCUCCGCGUCCUCGAAGGUCACACCGAAGGCGUCGUCUGUCUCAACUUUGACUCCAACGUCCUCGCAAGUGGUAGCGUCGACACCACCGUCAAAGUGUGGAACUUCCGAACUGGCGAAUGUUUCACACUUCGCGGACAUCGCGACUGGGUCAACUCUGUCCAGCUCUGGGACUCCAACGACAAAUCGUUCGGCUCGUGUUCGCCCGUCCAGAGUCCCGCGGCCUUUGACGGAGCCGUCUCCGCUCCGAAGGGCGAGUAUUCUAAACCUUGCAUCGAUCCUGGCAAGAUGCUCUUUUCUGCUUCGGACGACGGCACUAUCCGCCUGUGGGACCUCGCAAAGCGAGCGUGCCUCCGUCAGUUCACAGGGCACGUGGGCCAGGUGCAGAGCCUCAAGCUUCUCAUGGUUGACGAGGCGUGCGAAGAUUCGACACCGGAGCCGCCGCAGGAACAGCCCGAGGCGGGCGGCAUCUCCAAGCCGCGCGAGACGCAUUCAGCGACGCGCAUUGCACACACGCAGCCGUUUGGGCCCCGUCUGGGUGGCGAGGCGGUGGCGACGUCGCGCGUGAUCAUUCACGAUCACGAGCACGCCGAGGACGCGAAGGGCCGGGACAAGGCCGUCGCAGCGUCCGCGGCAAACGAGCAGCGCGCCGUGUCCGUGACGAGCCGCGCGAAACCCGUGCUCCUCUCGGGCAGCCUCGACAACACGAUCAAGGUGUGGGACCUCGACACUGGCAAGGCGACGCAGACGCUCUUUGGGCACAUCGAGGGGGUGUGGGCUGUCGCAAGCGACAAGCUGCGGCUUGUGAGCGGCAGCCACGACAGAACCAUCAAGGUGUGGGUGCGCGAAGAGGGGCGGUGCACGGCGACGCUCGUUGGCCACCGGGGUGCUGUGACCUGUGUGGCGCUCGGCGAGGAUAAGAUUGUGUCCGGCUCGGACGAUGGCGAUGUCAGGAUCUGGAGUUUUAGUGGAUGA